UGAGCUCGGUAUAAAAAGUAAAAAAAAAAAAAAGUUCAAAAUCUAUCAUAUAAACAUUGUUUAAGGGAAAACUGCAUUCCUUUACAGAGCUUGCGGAUCAGAGAGUGUCCAGGCUGUGUUGAUGCUCACAGCUGUGAAAUAGGCAGACCCAAUGUGAGUGGACUUGGUGAUGACCUGUGCAUACAAAUACAAACCGGAACUGGACAAUUAGAAAUUCCUUCAUUCUUCAUAAGAACAAGUCUGGCAACAUGCAUUUACAAACAAGCAUCAUCUUACUCUUGGUUUCUCCAAAUUUUGUCUACACAUCUGGCUAUUUUCCUGAAAGACGUACAAAACAGUCGAGUGUGAAGGGACCACCACCAUUUCUUCCAUUUAAUACAAAAAGUCAAGUUUUUCCAAGUGAGUCAGAACAGGGGCCACCGGGGCCCCCUGGACCCAUUGGCCCAAGAGGAUUACCUGGCCCAUCAGGACCUCCAGGAAAACCAGGUUAUGGAGCACCUGGGCCACAAGGAGCUCAAGGAGUGCCUGGGCCACCAGGAUUUUCCUCCAUUGGAAAACCAGGACAGCCAGGUCUACCUGGAAAGCAUGGGGAGCGUGGAUUUCAAGGAGAAAAGGGUGAUAUUGGGCCUAUUGGUCUACCAGGACUAAAAGGUCACCAAGGGCCACCAGGAAUACCUGGACCUGCUGGAAUUUCUGCAACUGGAAAUCCAGGUCCUCAAGGAGCAGUAGGAAACCCCGGGCCAAGAGGUACACCUGGAUUUAAAGGUGAACCUGGCAUGCCUGGUAUUAAUGGAAUAAAAGGUCAAAAUGGUUAUGGAGUUCCAGGUCAACCAGGUGAGAGAGGACCUCCAGGUUUGAUAGGGCAUCCAGGGCCACAGGGUCCUAUUGGUAUUGGCAAACCUGGUAUAAAUGGUGUUCCUGGACAACCAGGAAAAUUAGGUGACAGGGGUUUACCAGGUGAACCAGGAAUGCAAGGACACUCAGGGCCCCAAGGACUACCAGGACUGCCUGGGCCAACAGGAUUUGGUAAACCUGGAAUAAAUGGAGCACCAGGACUACCAGGGCCUUCUGGACAAAAAGGUCAAACAGGAUUACCAGGCAUGCAUGGCCCUCAAGGAAUACAAGGUUAUGGAAAGCCAGGUUUACCAGGAGUGAAAGGGCAAAGAGGACUGGAAGGGAUCCCUGGUAAUCCUGGUAUGAAAGGUGAUCAGGGACCAAUUGGUAUUCAAGGACAGCCGGGGUUAGCGGGGUUGCCAGGAUAUGCAGGCUUGCAAGGCUCUAGAGGCUUUCCAGGAGAAGUUGGUUUACCAGGUCAUAAAGGUGAAGUUGGUCCAAAAGGUUCGCCAGGAGUUCCUGGUCCUAACGGUGAGAGAGGUUUACCUGGAAUGGAUGGAAAACCAGGGUAUACAGGUGAGCCAGGCCUUGCUGGUCCUAAAGGGCUGCCGGGCACUCAAGGUCAAAAAGGAGAGAAAGGUUUUAUAGGACCACCCGGUUUGCCUGGAAUAGUUGGCCCAGCAGGCCCUAGAGGAGAAGUAGGUUACAAUGGCGAACAAGGAUCAAGAGGCGCUACGGGCAUACCAGGUAUGAGAGGACAAACAGGAGCAGCAGGAAUUCCAGGUCUUCCUGGACAGAAAGGUGAAAAAGGUGUGCCUGGUUUACCAGGCCCAGCUGCCAUUGCAGUAAACGGUAUACAAGGACCAAUGGGACCACCUGGAAUCCCUGGACCAAGAGGAAUUAAUGGCGAGCCUGGAUUACCCGGGCAACCAGGUCCACCAGGCCAACCAGGUCACGUAAUAAUGCCACACCACAUGCCAGAUGGCUAUGCAAAAUCAGGGCAAAUUCAAAGUCUUACAGAGAUUCGGUUAUCUGCAUUUACUGCUAUUCUCUCUAAAGCCUUUCCAGCAGUCGGUGUACCAAUAAAAUUUGACAAGAUCUUAUAUAACAGACAAAAUCACUAUGAUGUCCGAACUGGAAUAUUUACAUGUAGGAUACCAGGACUCUAUUAUUUUGCUUACCAUGUACAUGUAAAAGGCACAAAUAUUUGGGUGGCACUGUAUAAAAAUGGUACACCAUUAAUGUAUACCUAUGAUGAAUAUAAGAAAGGAUACAUUGACCAGGCAUCAGGCAGUGCUGUCAUAGACCUAACUGAAAAUGAUCAAGUUUGGCUUCAGUUACCUAGUGCAGAAUCAAAUGGCUUAUAUUCUUCUGACUAUAUACAUUCAUCUUUCUCAGGAUUCUUGUUUGGUCUAACAUGAUAAAGCAUUCAUACAUUUCUUUUUUUUAUUAUUACUUUGAAAUACAUUGGGGGGUUUUGUUACAGGACAAAAUCUAUAAAAUGCUACAAAAAAUGCAAUAAAAUACAUUGCAUUUUUGAGACUUUAG